GGGUAAUACGAUCUGCAAUCCAUUCGACAACGUCUCUAUAGCAAUAUUAUAGAGUGUUUGACAUUUUCUGUGUACAAUGUCUUCUGGUGACGAGGAAGGAAUGUUCGUCGACGAUGCAAAGGAGGAUUUCGAACUGCCUCCGAAAAUUGCAACGUCCUCGUUGCCAGCCUCAAAGCCAGCGGCCGAGUUCGAAGUCGAACUAAAUGGUUUUGUGAUGAAUAUCAAGAACCUUCCCAAAGAAAUCUACCACUAUCGCGUGGCUCUUACGAAGAUCACGGAUACAAAGACGCGCGAUCUCACUAGAGGGCAAAAACAAGAUUAUGCAGUGCAACUCCGGCGUCGGGUUUGCAUGUCGCUAUUCAACAGCGCUGUGAAGAAACGUGCAGAUAUCUUCUCAAAGCUGUCCAAGUAUUCAUACGUUUAUGAUUGUGGAAAUAGUCUUUACGUGAAGCACCAACUCUAUGAUGGGCGUGGUGAUGACAACUCCGUUAUCACGAUUGAACUACCUUAUGAUGAGAUCACGUCAAAGAACACGAAGGGUUACCUUGGCCAAGCGUGCCUCAAGGUUGAAGUAGAGAUAAGGUUCACACAUGCUCUCAACCCCAUCCUCGAUCUUACUUUGGACGGUGAGGUUGAAAAGAUUCGCGAAACCCAGCGGCUUCUGGAAUUGAUAACUUCCGCCGGAAUUAUCAAGAACGAAGAUCACAUCAUUUUUGACAACAAGGCUUAUGAGCGUUCUUCGCAUCACGACACACCUCUGCCUCAAGGAAAAGUUGUUAAAUGUGGCUUCGAAAAAAAUUGUCGUGCCAUCGAGUCGGCCGGCGAAGCUGUCGCUAUGCUUCAGAUUGGAGCCAAGAAGUCUCCAUUCUUUGGACAGAUGUCUGUAGUAAGCUUUUGCGAAAAGUUUCUUGGCUUGGAGAAUCGUCGAGGAUUGUCUCUAGAAGAAGCUUUGAAAAACCGCCGUUCGGCUUCUGAUGUGGUUAAGCAGUUAAGAGACAUCGCUGUUCGCACGACGCACCUUGAUACAAACCGUGUUGUUUUUAUUCAUGGGCUAGCGAAAGAGAAUGCUUUUACGGCAACAUUUGAACACGAAGGUCAAGAGAUUAAUGUGAACGACUACUUCAUGAAACGCUACAAACGACAGCUAAGGCACCCCGAACUCCCAUUAUGUAUUGAAAGAAGACCGAGAGGUGCAACCUACCAUCCCAUGGAGGUGUUGGAGAUUGAGCGAGGACAACGCGUCACGACGGAGAAGCAAACUUCGCAACUGUCUGAAACAAUGAUCAGGGAAUGCCAACUUCCACCAGCCGCAAUCAAAAAGCAUGUUGAAGAGCAGAUAGAGGGAGCCUCUUUGAACAAUGAUAAUCCAUACAUCAAAGAGUGGGGAAUUAAAAUCUCCUCCCGACCGAUGCGGGCAGUAGCAAAACGAUUCUUCCCUCCUGCGAUAGCCUACGGUGGCUCAAUGAAUGUCCAGCCAAAUAGCCACGGAGAUCUGCAAUGGAGACUCGGUGCAAGAGAGCAAUUCGCCGAACCAGCAAAGUUGGAUUCAAAAUGGACGUUCAUAAUUUUUGAUCGCUGUGUACAAGUCAAUGAUGCUCAGAAUUUCAUCGACGCAUUGUCAAAGUAUUCUUCGCAGCAUGGUGUUCAGAUCUCGCAGAGAUAUGUUGACAUUUUCGAAGCUUCAAGCGAGGUCGAAAGUGAUGUUGAUGCUAUGAUGAAGAAACUGAGCAAGCAUUCCGCAUUUGUAAUGUUUACAACAAAGAUCAAAUUAGAUCCUGUUCACAACCUAAUGAAGCGCCUGGAAGCCCAGUACGGAGUCAUCACUCAACACGUCAGCCAACAGACACUGAUGAAGGCGAUUGGGCAUAAGGGAGCUUUCAUGGUUCUUGGAAACUUGUGCUUGAAGUUGAAUCUGAAACUUGGAGGAGUUAAUCAUAACUUGCGGGUUUCUGAAAGUUUUCUCAAUGCCAAUUCCAAAUUGCGCAACAUGGAUGCCACGCUUUUUCCAAAGACUCGCAUGUUUGUUGGAUUUGAUAUCAGCCAUGCUGGUCCACAGUCUUUUGCUGAUCGUCAGAUGAAGAAGCCACAAAGCGAACCAACUGUAGUUGGGAUGGCAUUCACUGUUGGAGAACCAACAAAAAUUCGUGGAAGUUACUGGAUGCAAGAACCGCGCGAGGCUUCAAUCUCGGACAUCGCAGAAAAUUUUGCCGGUGCAUUAUUGUCUUUCCAUAAAGAAACGAACAAAUUACCUUCUGACAUCAUCGUAUUCCGCUGUGGAUGUUCGGAGGGCGAGUUCAAAAAGGCGCACAAAGAGAUGAUUGAGCUGCAGAAAGCCUUUGCGGAAGUGAAUCAUUUGUACUCCCACGGAAUGUACUCUCCAUCUCUCACAUGCUUGGUCGUGCAAACGAAUUCGAAUUACCGCAUUGUACCAACAAGAAUCGACUCGCAAGCUCGUCCUAUGGACCAGAAUGUUCCGUGUGGGACAGUCAUCGAAGAUGCUACCCACCCUGCAUAUAACGAAUUCUUGAUCGUGCCACAAAAGGCGCUACAGGGAACUGCCCGCGCACUUCGGUGCACUUUAGUUAUGCACAGUAAAGGAACAUCGGGGCAGCUGCUCUCGCUCGAUGAACUGGAGCAAAUUACCAACAUUCUCUGCUAUGGGCAUCAGGUGGUAUGUGGAUCAACUGGCGUUCCGUCAGUUUGCUACUCCGCCACCAAUCUAUCAAAGCGUGGAAGAAACAACUGGAAAACUGAGAAUUUCCGUGACAUUGGUAGCGAAUCGACAGGAUCUGGCGCGAGUGGUGAACGCGGAAGGCUUGUCCACGAUGGCACACCGACGUAUUUCAGAGAUCUCAGUGCAGAACUCGGCAGCAAGCUGAACACGCACUAUUGGGCUUGAGUUGCCCUGUGCAAUAAAUGCAAGUCUUUUUGUUUAGCUCAUGUAUCUAAUGUUUUUGUUAUAUACUGGUGCUGUGCUCUUACGAAGAUCUUUAUAACAAUAUGUAUCUCACUUUGACUUGUUUUUGUUGUUGUUGUUUGCAACCUCUUCGAAAUGUUUUCACCUCUUUUGUUUGUUUAUACGCCCACUGAGAAGUUCGUUAGAUGGUCACUGUUGAUUGGCUUUUCAGCGCGGGUGAGCCAUCGAUUUUUUAGGUCUAUUUCUUUGGAAAAAAAUUCUUUAAUCAUCAAGUUUGUAAAAAACAGUUUGCGCUUAGGAGCCAUCGAAAGUGGUCAUCAUUCACUUACUACCCAAGAAUAGCUUUUGUAUAUUAAUGUAACCGCAGAGUAAUAUUUGUUGUACGUCAGAUU